UUGGUGGGUUAUCCUGUGUACACGGCAAGAAUUUGCUAGGGUAAUGCUACAUCUACCUGGUGGACCUUGCUAGAUCCGUACGACUAGAGAGCUGUCGCUUUAGCCAGUGCUUACCUACCUACCUAUCUAACUAUAGAGGCUUCACUAGGGCAGGGGAAAAUCAGCAGCGACGGCGGUAGUGGAAAGGCUACUAUGGAUUAGACUAUCGCAGAACACGGAUCUGGCGUCUUCCCGUGCCCCUGCGCCCGCGGAUGAGUCAGGUUGCGCUAAGCCAUGACGAUGAAGGGGAAAGAGGACGGCUCUAGACGCGGCAGCCGUGAGCGGUUAUGAUAUAAGACGCUAGGAUGGCCGCCACCGACGAUCAGGUCUCCAACUUCCGGUUCGAUAGCGUCCUCACCUGCGAGACAUCCCAUCGCUUGCCGCUCCUUCGAGGCCAGACAGUCCAACCACGAUGCGUUCAACCCUCCUCCCGCUCUGCUUCCUUGGCGGGGCUCUUGCCGCCCGCCCGUUCCUCAACGAGCCGGACACUGGCUUCGAUGCGUUUUUUGCAGACUUAGAGCCUGGAAAACUGCCGCCUCUCGAACAGCUGGUAGGGCUGCCAGACUUCGACGCGGCUGCGCGUCGGUAUCUCGCCACCAGGAACUACACUUAUUACCGCAACGGCGCCGCGGCGGAGUGGUCGUACCGGAACAAUCUCGAGGUUUUCAACCGCUACGCACUCCGCCCUAGGACCAUGAUAGAUGUCGUGAACAUCGAGUCGACACUCCCGACCACGAUCCUGGGGCACAAUUUCUCCGCACCGUUUUUCAUCGCACCCUGCGCCCGUGGAGGGUACGGCAAUGCCGAGGGGGAGAAGGGCUUGGUCGAGGGCGCGGCGACUGGGGAUAUCCUAUACAUCCCCUCGAUGCUUUCGACCCUCAACCAGGAGCAGAUCGCGGCGUUCAGGAAGGAGGACCAGGUCACCUUCCAGCAGGUGUAUCUCGACUCGAACGACACCCUGACGCGGCAAAUCCUGAGCGACGCCGAGAAGGCGGGGACCAAGGCCUUCGUCUUCACCGUCGACUCCGCCGCCGACGGGAACCGCCAUCGCGCGGCCCGCUACGGCGUCGGCUCCGCAGAUAGCUCGUACACGCUGAUCACCUGGGACCUGUACGAUCACCUGCGCACGCUGACGGACCUGCCGAUCGUGCUGAAGGGGAUCCAGACGGUGGAGGAGGCGCGGCUGGCGGUGGAACACGGGGUGCCGGCGAUCUACCUGUCGAACCACGGGGGGCGGCAGCUGGACGGGGUGCGGUCGGCGCUGGAGGUGGCGAUCGAGCUGCGGCGCGAGGCGCCCGAGGUGUUCGACGCGCUGGAGGUGUGGGCGGACGGCGGGGUGCGGUACGGCGCCGACGUGGUCAAGCUGCUGGCGCUCGGCGUGCGCGCCGUCGGGCUCGGCCGGCCCUUCAUGUUCGCCAACGUGUACGGCACCGCCGGCGUCGAGCGCGCCAUCGCCCUCCUCAAGCGCGAGGUCGCCAUCGACGCCGCCAACGCCGGCAUCGCCGACCUUCACAACAUCGACCCCAACAUCGUAAGUCGUUUCCCCCUCCCCCUCCCCUUCUCCUGGCUUCGGCUCGUAUGGCGCGGUGCGCCGCGAGGCAGCCUCGGAAUGACAGCCGCGAGGUCGAAAAGCAGGCUAACGCGCACCUAGAUCGACUGGACGCCAAACUGGGCGCUGGCCUAGUGUCGGAAAGGAAUGGGAAAAGGCGCUUAGCUAUAUACCAAGUAUAACCUCAAACAUAUAAUAGUUGAAUUGAACUCGUGUCCACGUACAGUUUAGAUGAAGCCAUCACCUCAACAACUCGUCUUGCCGUGGUGGCUAAGUGUAGGUAGGUAGGUAGGUUUAUUUACGUGGUCCAGUCAAUGUGGAUAUAUCU